AUAUCUGUAUAUAAACAAUUAUCAUCAUUCAGCAUCAACGCGUCUCUCAAUUCUCACAUUCUCAAAAUCACUAAAAUCAAACUCAAUUUUCAUCAAAUAUCUCUAAUGGCGCCGAAAGCAGCGGAGAAGAAACCGGCAGAGAAGAAACCAGCCGGGAAAGCUCCGGCGGAGAAACUCCCAAAGGCGGAGAAGAAAAUCAGCAAAGACGCCGGAGGAAGCGAGAAGAAGAAGAAGAAAUCGAAGAAGAGCGUCGAGACUUACAAGAUCUACAUCUUCAAGGUUCUGAAACAAGUUCAUCCAGAUGUUGGAAUCUCUGGGAAAGCUAUGGGGAUUAUGAACAGUUUCAUCAAUGACAUCUUCGAGAAACUUGCUCAGGAAUCGUCAAAGCUCGCUAGGUACAAUAAGAAGCCGACGAUUACAUCGAGGGAGAUUCAAACCGCUGUGAGACUUGUGUUGCCUGGAGAACUCGCUAAACAUGCGGUUUCUGAAGGCACGAAGGCGGUUACCAAAUUCACCAGUUAGGGUUUUCCUGUAAAUUUCCGGUUAAGUGUUUGGUUUAGACUCGGUUUGUUUAGAUGUUUUGAGUUUCGUGAAUUGUUUGAUGAUCACUCUAAUGGUUCAAAAUUGAUGGUUGAAUUUGAUUCUUCUUCUUCCUUUCAGUGAUUUAUAAUUGUUUUAUUUAACGUUUGAGUCCCUGGAAUUUGGAUAAUAUGCAAAUUGCUCCAUCAGGUAUUUAUAAACUAAUUUCUAUCCAUCAAUUGCGUUAUAGAGUUGCGUUUGUGUGUGACAUCGACAAAACAAACUAAACGCUAUUUCUCUAAUUAGUGGAUUUUAUUACAAGAGAAACUUGUUAUAUCGUCGUCUUCUACACCAACAGGCCGUUGAAUCAUGAGACGCUAUUGAUAAGACCGACCUAAUAAUUAGGUAGAUUUUUUUGGUGUAGUUUAUUUCCAGUCUAUUAUUCUCAGCCCAUUAGACCCAAAAGGAAAAUAUCAAGGCCCG